AUGAAGAGUAAUCUCCUUUGUGUUGAUCAACUUCGAGAUUUUGGUAUAAUUGUGAACGAUGUACCCCUCCAACGUCUGAAACGUGAAGAUCGCAAUCAAUACUCGCAUUCCAUUGUUGAUGAAAACUCAGGAUUACAUAUCCCAAUGGACUUCCUGAAGCCUAUCAGCUUCUUUGCUUGUCGCAAACCUGCACUGUCUGAACUUGAUGAAUAUGUCUCGGUGGAAAUGACCAGUUCCGUCCCUUGGGAACCUUAUGACCCGGAAUCCUCUCGCAUCGAACAAAAUUUACGACGUGAAUACCAAGGGGACAUCGCCACUCAACGAAUCUAUUCUGUUGAACGCUCUGAUCCCAACUACCGCUCUAUUUGCCCACUUACUCUUCCUAUCGCUUUAGGGGACAGAGUUGAGGCGACCAUCAAUGGUGUUAAAACCGAUGGCAAGAGCUAUUUGGUCAAACCUGAACAACUUGCGCGAAGAUGGCGAAUCAGCCUUGAAUGUGCCCGUCGCACUCUCAAGAAAACAACCCAGCGUGCUUUGCGGGACUGGACUAAAGUCGAAGGCUCAAGACGAUUUCGCCCCACUCAAUUCCAACUUGAAUAUCCUAGGUUGCGUGCUGAUAUUUGGGCCGAUGUCAAACAAGGCCCCUGUGUUUCUGCUGAAGGAAAUAAGUAUAUUGCUGUCUAUGCUGCUGCCUGUCAAUGGGCCCGUGGUUACGCUUUGAAGAAAGAGUCUGAAGUGAGCAACUCGCUCAAGGAACUAUUUCGUGAUAUUGGCUUUCCAAGAGUUCUCCGACCUGAUGAUGCUCAAUCGUUGACUGCUGGAGAAUUUCGAAGAGUUGCAAACAAGGCCCAGGUUCCAAUACAUCCUAGCGAGCCUUACAAUCCUGAUCAGAACCUUGCUGAAGAUUGUAUUUGUGAAGCAACAAAAAUGUAUGUUCGAUUUAUGACAAGAAGAGGGAUCCCAAAAGCGUUUUGGGAUCGAGUCUUUAUCUAUUGUUUGGAAUUAAGAAGUCACAUGGUUCUUGGCCACUCUCGACAAGGUGAUGACUGUGGUGCCGGUUGGAUCUCCGGUAAUACGAAAGAUAUCUCGCAUCUUGCUGAUUUUGGCAUCUAUGAUUGGUGUUGGGCUUUGUCCCCGACACACUCCAGUCAAGAGAAUAAGCAAUUGUGUCGUUGGCUUGGACCCAGUUUUAAAAUUGGCGGAUCUCUGUGUUUUGCAUGUGCCACUUCUUGUGGAAAAGUUUUACAGCGUUCAAGUGUGAUUCCUCUCUCCAGAGAAGAGCGGGAUAGUACAGAUAUCAAAGAUCUGAAAAAGCGUUUUACCGAAGACUUGCAUAACUGUUUGAAAAACUCUGACCCCAUCAAGAUUGAUGAUUUACAGGAUCCUUCGGGUGCUUACAAAGCUGAUGAAAAGUAUAUCAGACCUCUGCACACCAAUGCUAACACUCCGCACUUUGAACGAUAUGAAGAUGAUGAAAUGUUGCAGCAUGAAGAGCUUUUUGAGGAAGCCCCAUCUGAAGAAGAUGAUCAGGUGGAAUUUGACAAAUAUGUUGGUGUUAAGAUCCGGAAGAAUGAAAAUGGUAUUGACAAAUUUGGAGUUGUUCGUGGAAGAAAAAGAAGAGCAGAUGGCUCGAUGGUUGGUUCGUAUCAUGAGAAGCCUGUCUUGGACACUUCUAUUUAUGAAAUUGAAUGGCAUGACGGUGAAACUGAAUCCUAUCGUGCAAACGAAGUUAUUGAAGCAAUGAUGAUGAAUGUUGACGACGACGGUAAUAGUAUUCUCCAUGUAAAACAAUUUAUUGACCACCGGACAGAUGGCACACGAGUCCAUGCUGAUGAUGGUUUUGUCAUGGUAAAGAAUAAGAAAGUUCCUAGAAGAACUACAAAAGGGUGGUAUCUGUGUGCUCAAAUUCUUGGUGAUGAGACAGAAUGGAUUGAUUUGAAAACUGCUAAGGAGGCCUAUCCAAUUCAGGUGGCCGAAUAUGCUGUUGCUAACAAACUUGUGUCUGAGCCUGCUUUCUCUUGGUGGGUUCCUUAUACUUUGAAGAAGCGUGAUAGAAUUCUAAAGGCUGUGAAAAGAAGAGCCUUAACUCGCAAGACUGAGAAAUUUGGUUUAGAAUUGCCUGGUACUGGUCCAAAAGACGUGAGACGUGCCUACGAGAUUGAUGCCAACACUGGUAGCAAUCAAUGGGGAAAUGCUAUUGAAAAGGAAGUUAAAACUGUGUUGCCUGCUUUAAGAAUCUUGGGACCAAAUGAACCUGUUCCCCCUGGAUAUACUUGUAUUGACUUGAUGACUGUCUUUGAUGUCAAGAUGGACCUCACACGAAAGGCCCGGAUAUGUGCUUGA